AUCUUCCUAAUUCAUAUUUCGUUCGUGGUCCGCCAUCUCAUCGGGUUAAUCCCAUCAUUGGUGCUCUCAUUGAGAGAAACUGAGAGAUAAGGCUGUGAGAUUAUGGCCGGACGAAGGACGAGACGUAACCCUGCUACUUCUGCCCAGUCGACGGUGAGAAGUGACAACCCUGAACAGGGUCCAUCCGGAACCCGGGAUAUCCCUAUCGGGCAACCCCGCCAGGUCCUGCGUACUGCGAGUUCUCCUAUCCUACAGGAGCUCCAUGAUCCGGAGGAGGUUGAAAGGGAAAGGCGAGCCAUUGACAGACGCCGGGCGGAGGAAUUGGCCCGAAAUAACAAGGUGAACGAAGGCCAGGCUAAGGAUCCAAGCCGGAUCUUCGGCGAUGGACACGAAAACCCGCGGGGAUCUGUCUUUGAAAGGAUAUCUCGCCAGAAAGCUCACGUUAGUGAGAGGCUGGGGAAGAAUCCGGAAAAGGCACCUCAGGGUUGGAUACGACCCCAGGCCAGCCAGGUGGCAUCUUCCAAUCGCGAACCCCGGCAGCGAAACGACCGAGGCGCGAGCCAAGUGCCGGUCCGGUCAUUACGGAACCUGGAGGAGGACGAAGUUCAAAGCCAAGCCAGGGUCCCAGCACCACGGCGACUGGGACCGCUGGUGCCGGAAGCUGGUGAAUUUCAAGACCUGAGACAGCAGAUCCAGGAGAUGCAGAGGAAGAUAAAUAAGGGUCGAAAAUUCACUACCCGAACGAUUACUCCCUUGGCUCCGGAGAUCUUUGCGAAACCAAAUCCGCAGGGAUUCAAAAUUCCAUUUGUCAAGCGUUAUGACGGCGAGUCAGACCCCCAAGAGCACAUAAAUAGCUAUGUCCAAGUGAUGAUCGCCGUGGACGCCAGUGACGCACUCAUGUGUCGGUGCUUCUUGCAGACCGUUGAUAGCAAGGUUGCAGACUGGGUCAACCAUAUCCCUGCUGGAUCAAUCCGAACAUGGGAUGAAUUGGGACUACGGUUCCUAGAGCAUUUUGCCGGGAACUGCCGUCCUAAGAAGCAUUUCACUCACUUGGCAUCAGUGCGACAGAAGCAUGGUGAAUCCUUGAAGAAUUUCCUUAUCCGAUGGAGGAAAGAGUCCAGGGAGGUUGAAGGAACUGAUGAUAAAUCCAGGUUGGCUAUGUUCACGGCGGCAUUACAGGAUGGACUCCUUCACACCGAUCUCACUACUCAUCCCCCGGAUACCUUUGAAGAAGCGAUGGUCCGGGCAGUGAGGUACGUGACCCUGGAAGAAAGAAAGGAGGAGAAGAAGGAGAAGACUCCUAAAGAAGAAGAGAAGACGGGGAAUAAGAAGCCAUUCAAGAAUAAGAAGCAAGGCUUCCCGGACGGCCCAAAGGGUGCAAGUCUUGGGACCUCGGUGAAGCAUAAAUCUGCUAACCCGGUCUUCACAUUGCCAGUGACUGAGGUCAUGGCCCAUGCUGCACAGCAGGGACUUAUGACUUACCCUACCUAUUCUCAGAAGGUCUGCAAUGUGGAAGACACUGGAAAAUGGUGUGCCUACCAUCGCAAGAAGGAUCACAACACGGAAGAUUGCUACACUCUGAAGAAUGAGAUGGCAAGGCUGAUCCGCCGGGGUCAUUUGAAGAAAUUUGUACAAGAUGGUGACACCGGGAAUCCCGGAAAUGCUCAGAACGGGAAACGCAGAGAUAAAGAAGUGGCCCAAGUUGAGGCCCAGGAGAAACACCACAUCGGGCUUGACGACGAAGAGGAGGAUUCGGAACCCGCACCGCAUCGCCAGAAGAGACACCACGGGUGUAAUUUCAUCAUUGGAGGGAAUACUGGUGGGGACUCGGCCACUAGCCGGAAGAAGUGGGCUAACGCGGCAGUGGUCAACAAGGUGCUGGUCCCAGAAGGGGAUACUAAGGCAACCCGGAAGCUGGACAUGGAGUUUGUCAUGGUGGGGAUAAUCUCCAACACGAACAUUAUCUUGGGCCGACCCGGAUUGGAAGAUUUGGAGUGUGUUAUUUCACCUUGUCACCUGUGCAUAAAAUUCCCAACCCCCCAUGGAGUUGGAGUUGCCAGGGGAUCUCAGAGAGUAUCCCGGGCAUGGUAUUUGAAGGCAACCAAACAGCCGGUCAAGUAUGAUACCCAAGUAGGAGAAGUAACUGCGCAGCUCUUGAGGGCAGAGGAAAAACGUCCCAGAGUAGAAGUUGCCGGCGACAUUGAAGAGGUGGAACUGGAGCCAGGCACGCCGGGAAGGUUUGUCAGGAUUGGUAAGGGGCUGGGGGCUGAACUCAGGUCACGAGUGAUUUCAGUCCUCAGGAGGUUCAGAAGGGUCUUUGCAUGGAGUCCAGCUGAUAUGCCAGGACUGGAUCACAAGAUUGCAGUUCAUCGCCUAAAUGUUCUGCCGGAUGCCAAACCGUUUCGUGUGUCCAACAAUGAAGCUGAGUAUGAGGCCCUGAUCAAUGGUUUGAAAAUUCUGCGUAAGAUGGGAGUAUCCAGGGUUCAGGUGUACACCGACUCCCGAUUAGUUGUGGGACAAAUCACGGGGGAAUUUGAAGCAAAGGAAGAGAGGAUGAAAAGGUACCGGGACUUGACCCUGGAGGUGUUGGGAAAGUUUGAGUUUAAGCUUGAACAUAUUCCCCGAGCCCAGAAUGCGGAGGCUGAUGUUCUCUCCAAGCUCAGCGCAGAGUCACCGGAAUACAUAAGCAAGUUAGGAACCGUCGAAGAGCUGGUAACCUCGAGUCUUAGCAACAGUAAAGUGACCUGGGUAUCAGCCGAUCCCCCGGAAUGGCUGGACCGGUUGGCCAAAUACAUUGAGGACGCUGAGGCCCCGGAGGAUCCCCAAGAAGCACGUCUACUGCGAAUGAGGGCACCUACCUACAAGGUACUGGAUGGAAUCCUCUAUAAGCGAUCCUACAACAGUGUCUUACUCCAUUGCCUCCGGGCAGUGGAGGCAAAGGCACUGAUGGAGGAGAUACAUGAAGGAGUAUGUGCUGCACAUCAGGGUCCUUACUCCAUUUCUAGAAGGGCUAUCAUCCAGGGAUACUUCUGGCCGACAAUGAGGAAGGAUUGCGAAGAAUAUGUACGCAAGUGCCCAACCUGCCAACAAUUCCAGAAUAUGCCCGGGAGGCCAGCCACGAAUUACACGCCCAUCAGCUCCGUAAUCCCCUUUUCAAGAUGGGGGAUCGAUCUUGUGGGAGCCCUGCCAAAAGGGGCAGGGCAAGCAAGGUGGAUUGUGGUUGCGAUAGACUAUUUCACAAAGUGGGUGGAAGCUGAGCCACUUGCAGGGAUCACCGGAAGGCAGAUGAUUGACUUCGUCGGAACCAAUAUACUCUGCAGGACGACUCCAAGGAGAGCCACGGGUGACACUCCUUUUGGUUUGGCUUAUGGUUUUGAAGCCCGGGCUCCCGCUGAAGUAGUAAUCCCUACCAGGAGAGAAAUGGAAUAUGACCCGGAGGUGAACGAACAGAACCAGGCCGUAGAGCUGAAUUUCGUAGAAGAACGAAGGGAUGAAGCACGUAUCCGGGCAGAGAAUUAUCGUCGCCAGGUGAAAUCUUACUUUGAUAGCAAGGUGAAACCAAGGGCGUUCCAGGUGAGAGAUUACGUCCUGAGGAAACGAGAGAAAAGUCAACCAACUAAGGGUGGGAAGCUGGCUAAGAAAUAUGAAGGACCUUAUAUCAUCAAGGCCGUUGUUCGCCCAGGUACCUACAAGUUGGUGACUCCUAAGGGGAAAGAAAUUGAUAGGACAUGGAAUGUAGAGCACUUGGUCAGAUUUUAUCAGUGAAUCAUUUUGUAAAAAUGCUCUAUUCUUAAUUUAAAAUGUUUGUUUCAAUCAAAUUCUUCUAUAGCCAAGUGCCUUUGCAAUUUCAUUGUUCUAUAGGUUUCUUAAAAAAAAAAGGGGGGGGGAAGCACCCCCGGGCUAUAUAGACCCGCUUUACAGGGAGGUUGAAAAGUUUAUGCCACCUGCUAAAAAUAGGGGAGGUAGAUAAGUUUAUGCCCCCCCGGAGGUAGAGAAGUUUAUGCCUCCGUCAAAAAUGAAGGAAGGGUUGGGAU